AUGGACGCCUCGCAGUAUUACCACCCAGCCUUGGCUGCCGUACAAGCCGAACCCUCUGGAGAUGACGAUCUCUUGUCGGACGAGGUUUUGCUUACGCAUUUUCUGCUACUUGUCUAUGAGGUUGCAGCGGCCAAUCUCGACGGGUUGCAUGUACGGUCCUACGUCACAUCGCGCUUGCUACACAUAGUACAUUUACGGCAGUCAACCUACGGGAUUGAAAGGUAUCCUUUCAUACUCUGGUGGGUUUUCUAUAUUGAUGCAUACAGCCUUCUCGGCGGUACGGGGACGGGAGAGUUUGCCAAAGCAGCCAUCGAAGGUCACUUACUUCCCGGCGCAGACUCCUUCUUCUGUCCUAGUUUCUCCGAGACUUCAUGCUUGCUCUAUCCCGAAGAGCGGGACAAUUUAUUCAUGAUAUCUUGCUUGCACCGUGAAGUCCUGGCGCUCACCGUCCGAUCGGGGCUCUUUGCCACCGAUUUAAGAAACCACACGGUGUCUUACCCGAACACGCAUUUGAGCGCACGACAAGGUGCCGAGGAGCUGCGCAGCCAACUCCGCGGUCUUUGGUUUUCCCCUGAAAUGCGCUUUUUGAUAGAUAACCGCCAUCUUCUCCGAAAGCAACUGCAAUAUCUCCUGCAACAGACCCUAUUACUAUUCCACGCCUCCUUCCUUUUCUCCUUUGUCGGCCUUUGGCCCGAGCAGCGCCUUGCAGCAGACUUAUCGGCCAUCAAGGAUGAGCAAGGGGAGAUACAACACCACGCAGCCAUGGUGCUUGAGCUGGCCGAGGAUCUGGGUCAUGGGGCCCAAGAAAAUCAUCGGCAUAUCAUUAUCUUUCCUGUCUUUCUAGCGGGCACCGCGGUGACGUCCAGUGGGCUCAAGAUACGGGCAUGGGAGUUGCUUUCAAGCCUGGAGGAAGAAGAGCUGGGGUACCAUGCAUCCUCAACCUGUCAUCAACUGCAGUUGGUGUACGAGCAACAGAUGCAGCAAAUUCGAAACGGGCCUGGAGAGGCCCCGUCGGUCAACUGGAUUGAGCUGCUGACAGAGCGAGGGGGUGCCGGGGCCCAUUACGAAUGA